AUGUCAAACGCUGUUCGUCCACCCGGGACCUUCGGCAGAACAGCUGAUGUGAAUCCAUCCACUUUGCAGACUUUGUACUACCCUCCAGUGAAGAGCGAAUGUGUGAAACAAGAUCAGGUGCGCUGUGGUGAACACUCGGACUAUGGCAGUAUCACUCUUGUCUUCCAAAGUCUAGAGGGUGGACUGCAGGUUCUCAGUCGGACUGGAGAGUACAUUUCAGCCCCUCCCAUUCCUGGAACAGUUUUAAUUAACAUAGCAGAUCUGAUGCAAAGAUGGACCAGCGACGUUUUUGUCUCCGCUGUUCACAGGGUGUUGCUGCCCCCUGAGGGCAACUCCAAUACACGUCAGUCUAUGACAUUCUUUAUUCACCCUGAUAAUGAUGCCAUUAUUACUUGCUGUGAUGGGUCGGACAAAUAUCCUCCUAUUAAUUCACUUGAUUACCUUUUGUCGAGGUUCAAGGAUUCUUGUGAGAAAAAGGUGGAUCUGUGA